AUGGCGUCAAACACAGCACAGGCCGCCCAAGGUGGUAGCGGGGUUGGUGGCGGCGUGCGCAGCAGUGACAUUGGCAGCGGCAGCGGCAGCGGCAGCGGCAGCGGCAGUGGUACCAGUGUUGGUGGCUGCCGGUACGCGUUCGUGACGCUUCUUACGACGGACGAAUAUCUUCCCGGAGCACUCGUCCUGGCCCACUCCCUUCGGCGCGCCCACAAUGUCGCCCUCCAACCGCCUGGCACGUUGACGCCUACGGAUAUUGCCAAUCUCGGCGCAGGCGGGCUCUCUGCUUCACCAUCACAGACCUCAUCGUCCAGUGUGGAGCUCGUGUGCCUUGUGACACCGAGCACUGUGAGCGUUCGUAGCAUUCGGGCCCUCGUUCGGGCCUUUGACAAGGUCGUCGGCGUCGAGCCGCUGUCUUUCUCUGGCCUUGCAGCGACCUCUGUGCGAGGUCAGCGAGACAGAAGCAGAGCGAGGGAGAUUCGCGAAAACAGCCAAAGGAAACUGGCCCUUUUGGGUCGGCCUGAUCUCGAUGGAAAGACGCUCACCAAACUGCACGCCUGGCGUCUGACGGGCUACGACAAGGUUGUCUUCCUCGAUGCCGACAUGCUCAUCCUCCGACCCAUCGCCCACCUCUUCAGCCUCACAGCCUCGUUGAGCGCAUCGCCCGAUAUUGGGUGGCCCGAUGCCUUCAAUUCUGGCCUCUUGGUCCUGACUCCCAGCCUUGCCACAUUUGCUGAUAUGCGUGCCUAUGCCGUCGAGCGCGGCAGCUGGGACGGUGCCGAUCAGGGCUUCCUCAAUGACUACUAUGGAGGCGAACUGGCGACCGGCGACGAAUCGAGGGGCGGCGGGUGGCACCGACUCCCCUUUCGCUACAACGUCACUCCCAAUGCGGGCUACGAGUUCGCACCUGCGUACGAACGCUAUGGUCCUGGCAUCAUGGCCGCGCACUUCAUCGGCCAGCACAAGCCGUGGAAUCGGCCUUCACCUUCCCGCUAUUCCUCAUCAGCGGCGAGCAGAGCAAGGGUCGCCGACUAUGACGCCCUGCUGGCUAGGUGGCACGAUGCUUAUGAGGAAUAUUACCCCGCCAUUGCAGCUGCACGCAGCGGUGGCACCGCCGAUGUUGUCUUCACCGAACGAGGCGCUGAAGUAGUGGAGCGUCCUUUCGUGGUCCCUACUUACCGCGCGGUGUGGGAUGCCGAGACGGGCAUUGAGCAUCGGAGACCACACCCCAGGACCCGAGGCGUUCGCAACCGCACACACAGCUCGGCCAUGCGCGUUGCUGGCCAAGUCGAAGACCUUAAAAAGAUGUUUUCCCCAGAUGUCGUUGCGGCGAGCGCUGCGGCCGACGUGGACGUGCACGUUCCAGGCGAAGGCAUAUAUAUCAGCCUGCCCCUCGACGGGCGCACCAGCCUCAUGCCACUCGAUCUCGGCAGCGAAGAGAGCGGCGAUGAAGGCGACUCUGCCGCUACUACCCCACGGCAAUCAAUGUCGUCGGCUUCACGUUCUGGUCAGUCUGUUCCGCACGGCUACGAGUCCCAUCGAGAAGGUGUACCGCCAACUUCGAUAGAGAUCCCUGCCUCAGCCACACAGGCGCAAUCGAAAGAAGUCCACGACUGGUCUCCGCCAAAAGUUAGCUGGGACCCAGCUAAGGAGCCUCCGCCGACGGGCCAGGGUUUCUCUGAAUACCAGAUGCGGAACCCCCCAGAUACCUUUUACGUCAAUGCUUGGGACGUGCCAGCCCAUGAGCAGCCCCAGGGCAAAGCAGCCUUUUUCCCUGCACAAUUCUUCACCGGCACGUCGCUGAUGAGUGAGAGCAGCAGGCAAAGGGCACUCGCGAAGCUGCAGCGCGAGCACUUUUUCGACAACCUUGGAAGCGAGAGACCCGAUCCCAGCAGAGUCAAAGCCGUGUUCCCGUGGGAAGAAGGACAUACACAGCAGCAAAAGCCGACUUCUUCUUCGUCUACGCACCAGCGAGAUCGAGGCCAACCCAAGCCGCGCCGAAUGUUCCCAGACGAGGAUCCACCUAGCGUCGUUCCUGGAAGCGUCGGUCUUAAUGCGAGCUUGGAGCGCGGAAGCGGCUCUCCCUCAUAUGAGGUGGAAGAGCCGAGUUUGGAUUACCAGACGGCGACAUAUCCAUCGUAUGGUCCCCCGACGAGCUUGAACAAGGCACUCCCAGCCAACUUGAGCUAUGCUAAUGCCUGGGAUCAGGUCAAGGGUAUCAAUGACUACGUGCGACGUGUAAAGGGCUUGGCACCUUCCUCGUCCAAAGCUGGUGCUGUUGAAGGGCAAGGGGCUGCACCCCAAGGGGCAAGCUCAAAGCAUCGCUCGAGCACCUUUGACGGCGGUUUCGGAAGAGCAGUCGGUAAUCCUGGUGGAGUGGCAACCGACGACGGAGGCCGGGGCGAACAGAACAGCGCCGAUCAGAGUGGCGAUGGCGACGACGAGAGCUCGUCGGACGACGAUGAUGGCGAUGAUGACGAGGGAGGAGAAAGCUGGCCUCGGGAGAAACCUGGAAAGGGAUAUCAGAAGCGCGUUGAAAGCAGCAAAAGCGGAGAGACGUUUGUCUGGCCAAAGAGCCCGAGACAACACGGAUCUCCAGCCCUGUAUGGCGGUGGCGGCAGCGGUGGCGGCUCUGCGUCUGGAGGCUUUGGAAGCGGUGGGGCAGCUGGAGGAUCUUCUGCGGCCAUGUACAUGGCGAGAUCGAGAAGUUCGUCGGGCGCGGGCUCCUCAUCGCACCUUGGCGCCUCCUCCCGACACUAUUCGCGGGCCGAACAGCCGGCCGACUAUGACGCGAUCCUUGCCAGCUCACCUAGGAGACUGCACUACAACGGCCUUUACGGCUCUUCUCCAGGAAGUGGUGUUGGGGCUGGGUCUUCUCACUUCAUCCAGCAGCAGCAGCAACGCAUCCCGAGCGGGACACACGACGGAGGAAACAUCAUGAGGCCGGGCAGCGGAUCGAGCAGUCCAACGGCCAUCAUUGGCGGCAACGACACGACAUUUACGAGAAGCGAACUGGCGCAGAUGGCCAGGGCUCAUGCUCACGCGCAGGGCUCCACCAGCCAUCUGUCUUCCUCAGGAAGCGGCGGCCACCCACCGAGAAGGUCGAGGAGAGGACCACACUACUAG